AUUUCAUAUGCAGCUUUUCAAAGUCACUUUGCCAGUCAGAUGUGUAACUUUGGUGUGAACGGAUGUGGUUAGAGUUGUUCCUUGUGGUGGUCUGUGAUUUGUGUAAGAGCAUAAAUACGAAAUUAAGUGAAGGAUAAAUAGCAAAACGUUUUGUGUUAAAAGCGCACAUAAAUAUACAUACACAACGCAGGAUACAGAACGGGCCUAAAAACUUGAAAAGGAAAUACAUAUACCUACACAUUUGUGCCGAAAGACAGCAGAAAAGACAAUUUCGGAUACCCGCUUACAUCGCUCCAACCGGUACUUCUUUAAUUAUCUACACUAGCCAAGAAACAUCAAUAUGUUCAUACCAGUUGCCCAAUCGGCCUUCAGGGCUUUGAGACAAUCUACACCGCGUGUUCGCAUCUUUCUGAUCAACAAAAAUGCCUACUCUAGUCAGGUCGAAUACAAACCCAUACGUUCGGUGCUGGUCGCCAAUCGAGGCGAGAUCGCCAUUCGUGUCUUCCGUGCUUGCACAGAGUUGGGUAUCAAAUCGGUCGCCAUUUACUCGGAGCAGGACAAAAUGCAUAUGCAUCGUCAGAAAGCUGAUGAGUCGUAUAUUGUAGGCAAAGGUUUGCCACCCGUUGAAGCCUACCUGAACAUUCCAGAGAUUAUACGUGUUUGCAAGGAGAAUGAUGUGGAUGCUGUGCAUCCUGGUUAUGGUUUCCUUUCGGAACGUAGCGACUUCGCCCAAGCUGUUAUUGAUGCUGGCAUCCGUUUUAUUGGUCCCUCACCGAAAGUGGUCCAACAGAUGGGUGAUAAGGUGGCGGCACGUGUUGCAGCCAUCGAAGCGGGUGUACCAAUCGUGCCAGGCACAGAUGGACCCGUCACAACGAAGGAAGAAGCAGUGGAAUUCUGCAAGAAACAUGGUUUGCCAGUGAUUUUUAAGGCUGCCUUUGGUGGUGGUGGUCGUGGUAUGCGUGUCGUACGCAAAAUGGACGAAGUCGAAGAAAUGUUUCAGCGUGCCAGUUCGGAGGCGAAGGCCGCUUUCGGCAAUGGUGCUAUGUUUAUUGAAAAGUUCAUCGAAAGGCCACGACACAUUGAAGUGCAACUGCUGGGCGACAAGGCGGGCAAUGUUGUGCAUUUGUUUGAGCGCGACUGUUCGGUACAGCGUCGUCAUCAGAAAGUGGUUGAGAUAGCGCCUGCGCCGCGACUACCCGAAGAGACACGCAAUAAGAUGACCGAGGCUGCAGUGCGUUUGGCAAGACAUGUUGGCUAUGAAAAUGCCGGUACUGUGGAAUUUCUUUGCGAUGAAAAAGGCAACUUCUACUUCAUUGAAGUGAAUGCCAGAUUGCAAGUGGAGCACACAGUAACUGAAGAAAUCACCGGAAUUGAUUUAGUGCAAUCACAAAUUCGUGUGGCCGAAGGCAUGACUCUACCCGAACUUGGCUACACACAAGAUAAGAUCCAACCGCGUGGUUACGCCAUUCAAUGUCGUGUCACCACCGAAGAUCCUGCCAAUGACUUCCAACCCAGCACUGGUCGCCUAGAAGUAUUCCGUUCCGGCGAAGGUAUGGGCAUUCGUGUGGAUAGUGCUUCCGGUUUUGCAGGCGCCAUCAUCUCGCCUUACUAUGAUUCACUGCUCGUAAAAAUUAUCUCGCAUGCCAGCGACUUACAGAGCUCAGCAGCUAAAAUGAAUCGUGCGCUACGUGAAUUCCGUAUACGUGGUGUGAAAACGAACAUACCAUUCUUGUUGAAUGUUUUGGAAAAUCAGAAAUUCCUGCAUGGCGUCUUGGACACCUAUUUUAUCGAUGAGCAUCCUCAACUGUUCAAGUUCCGUGUCUCGCAGAAUCGUGCGCAGAAAUUGCUGAACUACAUUGGAGAAGUGCUUGUUAAUGGCCCACAAACGCCGUUAGCAACCAAUUUGAAGCCGGCUGAGAUUUCGCCACAUGUACCGGAAGUGCCAUUAGACCUGUCUCCCGAGGCAAUUAGGCGUGAAGAGCGCGGGGAAGCCAAAGUCACCGAACCACCAAAGGGUCUACGUCAUAUUCUAAAAUCAGAGGGUCCCGAAGCAUUUGCAAAGGAAGUACGCAGCCGUAAGAACCUCAUGCUGAUGGAUACAUCAUUCCGUGAUGCUCAUCAAUCAUUGCUGGCUACACGUGUCCGUUCUCAUGAUCUGCUCAAGAUCUCACCAUAUGUUGCACACAAAUUCAAUAAUCUCUAUUCGUUGGAGAAUUGGGGUGGUGCCACUUUCGAUGUGGCCUUACGUUUCCUACACGAAUGUCCCUGGGAGCGUUUGGAGGAAAUGCGUAAACAUAUACCAAAUAUUCCAUUCCAGAUGUUGUUGCGUGGCGCCAAUGCUGUUGGCUACACAAGUUAUCCAGACAAUGUGGUGUAUAAGUUCUGUGAUCUAGCGGUCAAAACCGGCAUGGAUAUUUUCCGCGUUUUUGAUUCCCUGAAUUAUUUGCCCAAUUUGAUUUUGGGUAUGGAAGCUGCUGGCAAAGCAGGUGGCGUCGUUGAGGCAGCUAUUUCUUACACUGGCGAUGUAAGUGAUCCGACACGCACUAAGUACGAUCUCAAUUACUACACCAAUUUGGCCGAUGAGCUAGUGAAGGCGGGCACCCAUGUACUUUGCAUCAAAGAUAUGGCUGGCUUAUUGAAGCCACAAGCGGCCAAGCUACUUAUCACUGCCAUACGCGACAAACAUCCCGAUAUACCCAUUCACAUUCAUACACACGACACUUCGGGCGCUGGUGUUGCUUCCAUGCUUGCCUGUGCCGAAGCUGGUGCCGAUGUUGUUGACACAGCUGUCGAUUCAAUGUCCGGCAUGACAUCACAGCCUAGUAUGGGCGCUGUGGUUGCAUCGCUGCAAGGUACACCGCUCGAUACGCAAUUCGACUUGCGUGAUGUCUCCGAAUAUUCAGCCUACUGGGAGCAAACGCGCACACUAUAUGCGCCAUUCGAAUGCACCACCACCAUGAAGUCGGGCAACGCUGAUGUAUACCUUAACGAAAUACCCGGUGGUCAAUAUACCAAUUUGCAAUUCCAAGCAUUCUCGCUGGGCUUGGGUGAUUUCUUCGAAGAUGUAAAAAAGGCAUACCGCGAAGCAAACUUGCUAUUGGGUGACAUAAUAAAGGUGACCCCAUCGUCAAAGGUUGUUGGUGAUUUGGCGCAGUUUAUGGUGCAAAAUAAAUUAAAUGCUGAUCAAGUGCUUGAACGCGCCGAGGAAUUAUCAUUCCCCAAGUCGGUGGUUGAAUUCUUACAAGGCUCUAUCGGUAUACCACAUGGUGGUUUCCCUGAACCUCUUCGUUCACGUGUGCUCAAAGAUAUGCCACGCGUUGAGGGACGUCCGGGCGCUAAUUUGCCAUCGUUGGACUUUGAUAAGCUGAAAAAUGAUCUAAAAGAAUCUCAUCCACACAUUAGUGAUCGCGAUGUUAUGUCAGCGGCGCUUUAUCCUGCAGUGACCGAAGAUUUCAUGUACUUCCGUGAGAAUUAUGGACCAGUCGAUAAGCUAGAUACACGCAUUUUCCUUACUGGACCGAAAGUGGGUGAAGAAUUUGAAGUUACAAUUGAACGUGGUAAGACAUUGAGCUUGAAGACUUUGGCAAUGGCUGAGGAUCUGACGGCGAAUGGUGAACGUGAGGUAUUCUUCGAAAUGAACGGUCAACUGCGAUCUGUGUUGAUCCGCGACAAGGAAGCCGUGAAGGAACUUCACAUCCAUCCCAAGGCCAAUAAAUCGAACAAAAAUGAAGUAGGCGCACCCAUGCCUGGCACAGUGAUCGAUAUUCGUGUAAAGGAGGGUGACACAGUCGAAAAGGGGCAACCUUUGGUAGUACUAUCUGCCAUGAAAAUGGAGAUGAUUGUACAAGCACCUAAAGCUGGAGUGGUGAAGAAGCUGGAGAUCAUCAACGGCAUGAAAUUGGAAGGUGACGACUUGCUCAUGCAUAUCGAGUAAAAAUCAUCGCCUUCGGCCCAGCCAAGUUGAACUGCAUACCCAUAUGCCUGCUCUCAAAACUACUGCUUAGACCGACAGUAAAUUUAUUGCUUUGCGAUUUUGCGAUGCGAACACAAACACAUACAAUAAUAAAUAAGCUUAAAUACAUAUAUGUACAAUACAAAAAUAUGAGUGUGAAAAGCCCAAAACGUACCAAUUAGUGAUGAUAUUUGUAGUAAAUUAAAGAAGGAAAUUGUUAUAUACACACAUGCAUUCUUAUAUAUAACUAUAUAUGAAAAAAUGACAAACGAUGGUACUUAUGUAAACUUAUAUACUUAUGAAUAUUUAUUGUGUGUACAUUUUAAUUUACUAAAUGCGCGGCCAUACCAAAGUCUCAGCGAAUUAAAACUUGGCUGUUUGCAAAUGCAAAAAAUGAUACUGUCAAUUUAAAUAGAAAAAUAAUUACAAA